AAAAGAAAAUUUCCCUGCUUAAACGGUGCGUUUUCUCUUUUCCCCUACACCCACAAAGUCUCUGUUCUUUGGAGUUGCGGCCGGUGAACCAGGAAUAAUGGAGUCACUGUCGAUAAACCAACUAAUCUCUGCAACCAACCAACGAAACCCACUUACCCCUUUUCAUUUUUCUACGAGAAAACCAACUCUUCACUUCCAAACUCGGCCUCUCCGCUUCGAGGCUUCGAUUCGCUCCAAACAAUCUGAUUAUCAAGACUUUCAGGGCUACACAAAACCUUCACGUUUGUUGCCAGCCACAGAAGUUAAAGUCUGCACUGAAGCCUCAUUAGAAAGGAUUAUUUCAUCCUUCAAUUUCAGUGGAGCUCAGUCUUUAUUUAAGGUCAAGAUACAGACAAGUAAUAUCUAUGGCUCAAGUUUGAGUGAUUUAACUGCUGGUAUACUCUUAUGUGUGAUAGACAUAAACGGUAACUCAAUACUACAGUUGAUACCACCAAAUUUGGUGACUGAUUACUCUGCCAAGACAAAAAACUCUGUUGAUUCUGAUAUUGUCCAUUUCCAGAGAGGUUCUUUGGAUGAAUUCACCUUUGAGGGACCUAGACUGGGAAAAGUUGAAGCCCUUUGGAUCAGUCUAGAAUCAGGUCAGUGGAGAUUAGGAGGUGCAAGCCUGACAGUCAUCAACGCUUCGCGACCUUCACCAAAAGAAGAUGAUAGAGAAGAAAUGAAGUAUACUGUUUACUGCUAUGACUUUGAAGUUGAUGACAUCUUGCUCGGUGAGGGUGGUGAUGCAUCCAUGGUGGAGAUUAGACCUUCCAAUAUAAUUGAGUUAUCUGGGGUUGACCCAUUCGCCUUAUUGAGUCAAAGCUUUUUGCAGUCAACUCCGCUUUUGAGUGGUGGGAUUUCGAAUGAGGAAAGCAUGAAGGAAUAUGCAGAUUUGAAAUUCUCCUUGCUACUCUAUGAUGCCAUUUUGACCUUCUUUGGUUCAUCAAUUGCAUCCUUCUCAGCUGGUGAAAGCUCUGCUUAUGCAUUCUUGAUUGGUGGGGUGAGCGGUUUUCUGUACUUGUUGCUAUUGCAAAGGUCCAUUGAUGGAUUGCCAGCUCUGGCAUCAUGUUCCAGUAACCAUGGACUAAAUUUUGAUAGAGGAUUCAAGGGUCCAUUGUCAACCCUCGCUUUGGUUAUAGGAUUUUCUCUUUUAGCUAUCAAGUAUAACUCAGGUGACGAUAUUCCAUUCAUGUUGACUCCAAGAGAACUCUUGGUGGGGAUGAUGGGAUUUUUCACAUGUAAAGUUGCUGUUGUGUUGGCUGCUUUCAAACCUGUGUCAUUGAAUUUGAAGGAGAACAAAUGAUAAAUUCUUGUUCCAUGUCCUCUGCAGUCAGAAGAAAGAGAGAUUGAACAGUGCAGUUUGGUUUAGACCUCUGAUUAGAGAUUACACAGUUGUAUAAGUAUACACCUAAAGAUGAUCCGCAUACUUGUAAAGGAAAUGACCUGACAGUGUUAAUGCUUUAUAGGCUUAAUUGAUCAAUCAGCAAUAUUUUCUUUA